GUCCGAACAACAUGUAGUCGAAGUAUGUAAAUCCAGCUGCAAGCGCCGGCUAGUGGUACUUUGUAGUCUUUGUUCCACGCACUUUCCGCACUCUCCAAGCAAACUCGUUUCUUCAUUCUCAGCUAAAUGCAACGACUCAACCAACAACUAGUACGUUCUAUCUGAUGUCGUUUUCUAACCACUUUUCUUCACAAGGUCUUGGAAGUGGGGAUUUCAAGCACACCCCAUCUCCUCCAAGUACGCAUCUGUGUGAAACGCUUGAGCGUAUCGACGAUUUCUCAAACAGGCCCGAUGUCGAGAUGCAGGCUCCUCUAUCAGAGGAACUGACCAUCGUCGUCCUUGAUACGAACAUACUACUAGACUAUCUUGAUGUAAUACAAGCAUUCGUCGCGGAGGUUGAAGAGCAGAGAUUGCCUGUGUUGAUGAUUAUACCGGGUGUCGUGAUUUACGAGCUUGAUGGGCAGAAGAAUCGCGAGAGCCUCUCUUGGUUUGCGCGCAGAGCAUCGUCAUGGUUGCUUAAAAAAGUGAAGGAACGUAGGUCGGUCAAAGGUCAGACCUUAGACGAGACGUGCAAAGCCUCGCGAAAUUGGAAGAAGAGAGAGCCGGGUGCUGUAGAAUUUGGUUCUGAACGUAGCAACGACAGUUUGAUCAUCGAUUGCUGCAAAUACUUCCUGCGACAACGGAGAACGUUUCUAUGCAGCAAGGACAAGCUGUUGACCGUGGAAGCUGAAAGUGAAAGUGUAUCGACUAUAUCACCCGGUCGCGACACAUUUUCCAGCCGUGAUAUUGCUCAUGCUCUCUUUGGGUUUGAGGCUUCUCGCUUCAAAUUCAGCGGGUAUCAUCCAACAUACCGAAAUUCAUCAGUAAAUUUGAUACAAGCGACGCCCACGCCGGAGCCAGACGAUGACGGAAUGGAUAUCGACGACGACGCCUCUUCUGUACCUCAGCUCCUGCACCCAAGUCACUCACUAGAUCACCUCCACCUGCAGGUGAUCGAGUACUUCACUGGGCUGCUUCUGGAACUAGUUGUUCGGGUAGCGGGUCCUGACGUGCUGAGCUUUGGCUGCAACAACUCAGCAUCGAAACAUGCUCCUUCCUUUUCAAGAAAGAUUUUUGCAACGUGGGGUGCUCUAGAAUGUCUGGACUACCUAGGCACGAAGAAAUGCCUGCCUAGAACCAGUCCACGGGUGGAUACCUUCAUGACAAGGCCGUACACAGGUGUGGGGGCACGGAGAGGCCAAGAUUGGUCCCGACGGGACUGGGAGACGGCGUUGAAGGGGCUGAGGGAAAUAGGCGAUGACUGGCAAGAAGGAUCUAUUCGCGAGUCGGUUCCUGCCGCAGAACUUCACAUCAGCCGUGUAUUUGCGAUGCCGAUGCGGCCAACAGGGCUGUGACCGAGAUCUCCCAUGAAACACCCGCAGCAGGAGUAAGAUGGAAUGGAUCAUGAGGCACGCAGACCGCAGCCAUGAGGCUAUAGCGCCCCGCUCACGAGACAGACUAGUCCUGUAUAGAAUAAGUAAGAUUGAUUUAUGGGGAAAUGUUGACUUGACAUGAUGUUCUAAUCACUAUCCAAAUUUGGCAAGGGCGAAAUGAACUUUCUGUUCUCGGCCGCGUUC